GCACGUGAUAAGUUGCCUAUAGUAUACUCCAAAAAAUAUGCUGUGCGUUUUGGUGGUCUUGAAAAGUUACAUCCUUUUGAUGCAGCUAAGGGAAAGCACAUACAACAGCUGCUCUGUGCUGAACUGUCGUUGGAAUGCGGCGACUUCUAUAAUCCCCUUGAGAUUACCAAGGAGGAAUUACUGCGAGUCCACACUCCUAGGUAUUUGAGGUCCCUUAAAUGGAGCGCUAAGGUGGCUACCAUUGCGGAGGUUCCGGUUCUGAUAUUUGUGCCUAACGUAGCAGUGCAAAGUGGAUAUCUGCGACCAAUGCGCUACCAAACAGCUGGCUCCAUUCUGGCUGGCAAACUGGCCUUGGAAUAUGGUUGGGCGAUCAACUUAGGCGGGGGCUUCCACCAUUGCUGCUCGUCCAAGGGCGGUGGCUUUUGCCCCUAUGCAGACAUCACUCUGUUACUUGUGCGCUUGUUUGAUUUGGAACCUUCGAGAGUACAAAACGCAAUGAUUAUUGACUUGGAUGCGCACCAGGGCAAUGGCCAUGAGCGGGACUUUAAGGACACUGAGACUGUAUACAUACUUGAUAUGUACAAUGCCUAUAUCUAUCCAAAGGAUAACGAGGCGAAGCUGAGCAUUCGUUGCGCUGUUGAAUUAAAGCAUCUCACCGAAGAUGCCUACUACUUAAAGCAACUGAACCGGUGUCUGAUGCGAGCACUCUCUGAAUUUAAGCCAGAUAUUGUUGUUUAUAAUGCCGGCACCGAUAUUCUCAAAGGCGAUCCGCUGGGCAAUUUGGCGAUUACUCCAGACGGGAUUAUAGAGCGCGAUCGCUUGGUCUUUAGCACAUUUCGAGCACUGAAUAUACCCAUUGUUAUGUUGCUUAGCGGCGGGUACAUGAAAUCAUCCAAGAAUGUUAUAGCAGAUUCGAUAGUCAAUUUGAAGAGGCAGGGAUGGCUAAAAUAAUCUACCCUAUUUUAUGAAAAUUUAUACAAAUGUUGGACACUGUUAGAACGAUCACCCACUGGGGAUAAACAAUGAGCUGUGAGAGAUAAGAUACUUUUACUAAAAUGUCUAUUAUAUUCAUAGGCUUCAAAUUUGAUAUACUUGUAUGAUAAAAACUCAAGUAUUCUAUUUGAAUUAGGUGCUGACUACUAUAGUGGUCGGACCAGUUAACUCAAUAUAGUUGUUUAUUGCUAUUUAUUCUUAUAUAAAGCAAACGACGACACUUUUAAUUGCUUAUGCUAUAAAUACACAAUUGUAGCUUAUUACGUGUUUUGAAGUACAAAAAUGUAUAUAAAUAAAUAUGUUUUUCGAAUACUUAAA